AUGUCGUUGGCAGCAACCUCCUCUCCGGCCAUUCCCAUCCACGCGAGGACCUCCUCCCCCGCCGCAUCUCAAAAUUCUUCCCGGAAUUCUUCCUGCGCCUCACACCGUGACGGAUCGAAUGCCAGUAGCCGGAGAGAAAGCUUUUCAAGUGGCUCGAUAGUGGAGGACAUCGACGGUAUAGCACAGUCAUUUGUCGAUACACAUCUUGAGCAUUCUCAGAAGGACGGCCCCAAAAACUACUUUGAAAUGCAGCAAGUGCCAGACUUUUGCUGCCCUUGCGGCGGGUUCUUAGGCUGGAAGUCCAUAAAACUGGGAGGGAAGGGCCUUAGCAGGAGUUAUAGUGACCUACGAUCCCUUGCAAGUAUGAGUGCUCGCGGGUGGGCUUGGGAAGACACUCCGGCUAUUGCGACGCCGACACAGGAGACGAAGCAAGAAAAGAUACAAGAGCCCGGAUCAUCACUUCUCGAGAAGCUACCCUCGGAGAUUCUCGACCAAAUAAUCUCACACCUCGCAUUGGACGUUCCACCAAACGGUUAUACGCCGCGAAAUGUGGACUUGAUCUCGUGCCUUCUCGCCUCGAGGACGUUGCAUGCGGCCACUCUAAGCGUGCUGUACCGGAACAUGACAUUCCCGCACUCCAUCAUCUUCUCCAAGGCCCUAACCCACAUGUCGCAAUAUCCAGCAUUGGGCACCCUCGUCCGUCGCCUCGACUUCUCUCACUUUACUUCCGUUGGCCUAGGCCGCACCAAGCAGAUGAACUCUGAGAUCCAGAACUUGACGCACAGGACCCUUCUGCAGUUCCUAGAGCUCCUGCCAAAUCUUAAAGAAUGCUUGCUUCAGGAGCACCUCGAGGGCGACAUUAGCGCGGAAGUGAUUUCGAAGUUGUUCAACGGGCUACCAAAUCUGGCGGCUAUUGACUUCUGCGGUAGCUCUUCGUCUCACUUCUCAACUGUCUUCCAGCAGGCUUUGAGCUCUGGACCUGGCCUCCCUUUGACUCUUCCCAAUUUACGGCGGGUUUCGUUCCACGAAUGCAGCGGCGUCCCGUCCUCGGCCUUUGAGGUUCUCCUCCCUCGAUUGGUCAACCUGACUCACCUCGAUGUCACUCACACUCAGAUCAGCGAAGAUGCGCUGUUUGCCAUUCCGGAAACCGCCAGGAUCACUCAUCUAGGUCUUUCGCGGUGCAUUCGUCUCGGGGGGCCGCGGGCUGUGGAGUUUUUGACGACGCACCCAGCUGUGCGCGACUCUCUGGUGUACCUGAACGUCAUGACUGACGCCUCCCGAUACCGGCUUCUGGAGGAAGAGGAUGUGAAGAAGCUGCUUCCGAAACUUCCGACCACGCUUCGCUCUCUCAACCUUGGCGGUGCCAAGGUCACCUCGGCCCACACCGAUGCUUUGAUUCCUUUGACCAAGCACCUGGAGGAGCUGGGUCUUAGCUCGGCAGACUUGUCGGUGCAGGACCUUAAUCGCUUCUUCGCACCCCCAGCUGCCACGGGUGAAGCAUCGGCGGCAAAGCGGUGGGUACCGCCCUCGCUAUGCUACCUUGACCUCACCAAAAUCAGCCAGCUGUCGGUCGGCAUUGUAUUCAACACCAAUUCUUGCCUCUUGCUCACAAAGCAAAGCUACCCUCUCCAAGUCAUUGAGUUCAGUGACAAGCUCAUCAUCCCCCUACGCGAGAAACCCAAGAACACCAAGACCUCUCCUGACUGGACAGUCCGUGAGUUGGGCCGCCGUGGAUGGUACGUCCGCGACCCUGCUUCGAUGCCUGACACGCCAAUCGAUGACGGCUGCCGGUCUUGGAAGAUGGGUGCUAGAUGGUGGGGAAUGAAAAAGAUUCCUGUUGCUGUUGGCGACGUUGGGGGACUCUAUGGACAUUACAUGUUCAAGCGGUGA